AUGAGCGUCACGCGCAAGCUGCACUGGGCGAUGAGCAACAGCAGGGUCGCCUUUGCGCUCCUCCUGCCCCUCGCCGGGCUCAGCUACUUCGCCUACGAGCUCCUCGUCGCCCCUUCUCGGCCCCCCCUCGAGCGCCUCGCCGCGUCGAGCGACCCCGACCUCGCCGCCUCGUCCGACUCGCUCAACUCGGGCGGUGGCGGCCUCGGCUCGCUCGUGUACCAGUACACGCCGGGCUUCCUCGCGAGCCAGCUCCCGGCCGCGCUCGAGGGCACGCUCGACGAGCUCCUGCACGUGCCCAAGAACGAGGUGGGCGGGAUCGCCAUCUGCGCGAGCAUCAAGAACGAGGCGCGCUUCAUCACCGAGUGGCUGCUCUACAACCGCGCCAACGGCGUCGACCGCUUCUACCUGUACGACACGGGCUCGACCGACAACACGCUCGAGGUGCUGCAGCCGUGGAUGGAGACCGGCGUCGUCGUCUUGCACAAGUUCAAGGCCGACCAAGGCGGCUACUUUCAGCUCAACUCGCUCGAGACGUGCUCUCGGACCUACGGCCUCGAGUCGGACUGGAUCCUCGACUGCGACGUCGACGAGUUCUACGUCGCGACGCCCGCCCUCACGUCGCACCAGCGCCUGCCCGCCGCGACGACGUUCGAGAUGCCCGACCAGCCCCUGCGCAGGCUCCUGUUCGACAACUACAUCUACUCGAGCGUCGACGCCAUCGCCGCGAGCCGCAUCACGUGGAAGAACGCCGGGUUCGCGCGCCUGCCCGACAACGCGAGCGUGCUUGCUUCGCAGACUCUGCGCGACAUCUACCACGCCAUCCCGUACGGCAAGCUCGAGUACACCAAGUCACUCCUGCGCUCGGCCAAGACACCUGGGUGGUACAUCCCCGGCGCGCACUUCCUCCGCAACGACGACCUGCGCAAGGAAAAUGCGCGCAUCGUCACGGCCGACGGCCAGCUCAUCCCCGUCAUCGACCUCAAGCCGGGCAACGCCAACCCGGGCACGCUGUACAAGGGCCACAACACGUUUCGCGUUUUUGAGCCGCUCGUCAUGUACCACUACGUCGAGAGGGACCUCGAGGCACGUCUCCCUCGCGCCGCAUUGUUCAACUGCCUCGACAAGCUCAAGAACGCGCAAAGGGUCCGCAAGGGCGGCUGGAGGGACCAGGCGGGCGAGGCGGGCUGCAAAAGCUUCGAGCUGUAUCAGCCGGACGACGAGUGGGUCCCGAUGCACGAGAAGGGCGGGUUCUAUGGCGGCGCCGUCAAGGACAUGACGAUGAGCAACUCGUGGUACGGGCAGCACCUGCCGGGCCUGAUCCGGCUCGUCCUGCAGCGCGCCGACCAGAUUGUCGCCGAGGGCAACGUCCGGCAGGCCAAGCUCGUCGACCCGCACCCGGCGCUCGUCGCCGAGUGGGUGCGCAAAGGCAAGAACCCGCAGAACGGCAUGGACAUUGUCAAGGAGGACGAGCCGGAGAAGAAGGAGGAGGACGAGGCCUGAGGGCGUGUUGCUGUCGUCGCCGGCGGGCUCACUGGUAGAGCCGACUUGCAUCGUGAUUGCGUUGUCU